AUGUGUGUCCUCAUUUUCAAAGUUUUGUCAAGAUACACAGUCAUCAUGAGCAAGAGGAUGCGUGUCCAGCUGAUGUGUGGAGCCUUUGGCAUUAGCCUGGCCAUGGCAGGUAUACAGGUGGCAUCCAUAUUUACCUUACCCUUUUGUCACAGGGUGAUUGGUCAUUUCUUCUGUGACAUUCUCCCUGUCAUGAAACUCUCCUGUAUUGAUACCACUCUCAAUGAAAUAAUUAAUUUUGCUGUCAGUUCAUUUGUAAUCCUGGUCUCCAUGAAUGUGGUCUUCAUCUCCUAUGUCCUCAUCAUCUCCGCCAUCCUCAAGAUUGCCUCAGCCGAAGGCCGGAAGAAGACCUUUGCCACCUGUGCCUCCCACCUCACUGUGGUCAUUGUCCACUAUGGCAGUGCCUCCAUUGCCUACCUCAAGCCCAAGUCAGAAAAUUCUGCAGAACAAGACCUCCUUCUCUCAGUUACCUACACCAUCAUCACUCCCCUGCUGAACCCUGUGGUUUACACCCUAAGGAACAAGGAGGUCAAAGAUGCCCUACGCAGAGCUGUGGGCAGACACAUUUCUUAA